AGGUUAGAGAAGUUUCUCGGCUCCGAGCUCAGACAUUUAUUGCAGCUCCCACCCGGGAGCGGCCAGGAAAGUCGCACAUAAAGUGCAGGGGAGCGAGAGGGGAGAGGUAAUCUUUUUAAUCUCAGGAUAUUUGGGUUUAUAAAUUAUUUUUUUUCCCCUCUCCUGACGAGAAGUUUUAUUUUCCUCUCCCCGGUCCCUGGGAUCGCAGCCAGACAGGAAGCGUUUUCUCGCGGCCAGAGAGCUCCCUCCGUCCUUCCUCCGUGAUUCAGCUCUGAAUUGAUUUUCUCCGUCGUCCUUCACCUGGUGCCGGGGAAGGAGGGGACGAUCCCCGCGGUGCCCACCCACAGCCGCACGCCCGCAUCCCGCCCGGGGUGGAUGCGCCUCCUCCGGGACGGGCUCCCUGGGGAAGUUCACAGCCAGGAGUGGCCGCACAGAGGCUGAGGCUCCGUGGGGGAGACGCUCGGACCCCUCUGAAGGAAGCCAUGGCCGACAGCCAGAUGCCCUUCUCCUGCCAUUACCCCGGCAGGCGCAGCGUCCGCGACCCUUUCCGGGAGCCCGGCUUGACCUCGCGCCUGCUGGACGAUGAUUUCGGCAUGUCCCCCUUCCCCGGGGACCUGACGGCGGACUGGCCCGACUGGGCUCGGCCCCGGCUCACCACCACCUGGCCGGGUCCCCUGCGCGCUGGCAUGGCCCGCGCCUCCGCCAUGGCCCCCGGCUACGGCGCCCGCUUCGGCGGGUACCCCGAGAGCCGCAGCCCCGCGCCCUUUCCCCGCGAGCCCUGGAAGGUCUGCGUCAAUGUGCACAGCUUCAAACCCGAGGAGCUGACGGUCAAAACCAAGGAUGGCUACGUCGAGGUGUCAGGCAAACACGAGGAGCAGCAGGUGGAAGGAGGGAUCGUCUCCAAGAACUUCACCAAGAAAAUCCAGCUGCCCUACGAGGUGGACCCCAUCACGGUCUUCGCCUCCUUGUCGCCGGAGGGGCUGCUGAUCAUCGAGGCGCCCCAGAUCCCCCCCUACCAGCAGUACGGCGAGGGCGGCUGCGGCAGCGAGAUCCCCAUCGAGAGCCAGGAGGCCACCUGCGCCUGACCGGCCACCCACGUCCCUCCUGCGACCCGGCACCCCUCCUCCCCUCUCCCCUCUCCCCCUGGACCCCCCGCUCCCCUGCGGCGCGGUGUCCAGACAGCCUCCGGCAAGGGUGACGGGUGCCGCUCACAGGGACGGCAGCACCCGCCACCCUGCGGGGACACCAGCUGAGAGCCAGGUGCCAGGCCACCAGCCCUGAGGGCUUGUAGCGGCCUGAGGUGCCGGUAGAGAUUUUGUGCCCACGGGGCCGAGCAGAACGGAUGUCCUCAGCACGGCUAUUUUUUGCUCUGAGUCGCUCGGAUGGGAUAUUUAUCACAAUAGCCAAAAAGGGCCCUUUUUCCUCUAAAAUUGACAUGGAAUCCCAUAGCCCUGUGUCUUUUCCUCUUCCGUGGGUUGUUUUUUCUAAAAAACUACAUCUCUGCAAAAGAUGCGCGUCCGGCGGUGGGGCUUGACGGCACGGCCUCCGUCCUGAGAAACGCAAACCGUCCGUGUGUUUUGAACAUUGGUUUUUGGGUUGGUUGUUUUUUUUUCUUCUUUUUUUUUUUUUUCCAAAGAGAAUUUGUGCUUUUACUUGUCAGACCUGAGGAAUAAAACCCAGUCGAUGUUCUUA